UGAAAAUGGAUCGCAGUUUCAAAUUGGCCAUAAAUAUUCGUUCUGAUUCUGAUAGACCUACUUCAAAAGCAAGGCGGAACUUUUGGUUUUCUCUUUUAAAUGAUGUACGCAGGGCCACGAAAAAGCAAGACAAUGUGAGCCUCAACCAAAAGAUUUCAAAUGAACUAAAAAAGACCCUGCGACCGGAGUUUCCUUCCCAGCUAAUCCAAAUCCAUCUGUUUGGCUCGCGAAUAUUGGGAAUUGCCGGUGACGACUCCGAUCUUGACAUAUACGUUGAUAUUGGCAAUUGCAGCGGUGUAUACAGCGAUAAGCCGACAAAAAAAGUUCUCGAACAGCAGAUGGUCAUAGCCCAAGCUAUUCGAAAGGAUCCCUCAAAGUGGGCCUUUUUGAAAAAUUGCGAAGGCAGAUGCCCUCUAGUCGUUGUCCGUCACAAGAACUCAAAUAUCCAGUGCGACAUUAGCUUCUCGAACAGCAUGACCUGUGGCCAGAUCAAGCUGGUUAACUACAUUUUCGAACUGCAGCCAAUCGCUCGCUACAUGGUCGUCUAUCUAAGGGGAUGGGCUGAAAGACAGCAGAUUCACUCGGCCUUUCGCAGCCACUUGCUCGUCCUUAUGGUAAUAUUCAUUCUACAAGUGCGCAGACAUCUGCCAACCAUCUACAUGCUUCAAAAUGGUCUGAAACCCGAUGUUGGUCCGUGGAUAACUAAAUUUUGUAAUUUUAAGUUAUUCGAAUUGAAUAUAGAGCAAGUUCCAGUAAAUGGAUACCAAGCUCGCAAAAAAUUAGCCGACUUUUUCAGUUUCUAUUCGACAUUCAAUUUUUCCAAGUUUGUUGUUUGUCCAUAUCUGGGAAAAAAAGUCUUGCGUAGCAACUUAAAAUACAUGAUGCCUCAAAGAUACCGACAAUUUGGAAACGGAAGACGCUUCCAAAAUAAGCAAGUUGCCAUUCAGGACCUGGUUCACCUUAAUCACAACAAAGGGGCAUCCAUCAACAAAUCGAUGUUGGACUGCUUUGUAGAGAAAUGCUGCCUAGAAUCACAAGGAUUCUUUAAGACAUGACUGGUUCAAUAUCCAAGCCCUACUAAAUGCUCCCAACCCAAACAUUGCGAUUAAAUGAUUUUCACCGAGA